ACACCUCUUUUGCUCACUGAGUUCCUUGCCUGUUGAGCUCAGGAACUUUUCUAUCUCUCUCUCUCUUUCUCUCUCUGCCUGACUGACUGACAGACUAGCUCCAGGCAUGAGUCCUGUGAGAGGCACCUUUCUGUGCCUGGCCCUGCUGUUCUUCUGCCUGGGCUGCACACUGAGCCUCACUACGUGUUCUGGAAGAAACUCCAUACAGACAAACACAGGGGACAAAGAGCUUGUGAGGAGCCAGGGAGAUCCACCCCAGGAUGAGGAACACAGGGAAUCCACGCUAACACAAGAGGAAAGCAGACGAAUACAGAGAGUACUUGGGCUGGUCAAGCCAGUGGCCAAGAGGUCUGCAGAAGGUGUGCUACCAGCACCGAGGACCAAGAGAGCUCCGAAAGAGGGCCGGGGAAAGAGGCAGAAGGAGAAAGAGAAGGGGCCCAAACCCACCAAAAAGCCCAGAGGGGACAAGGGGCCGAAGCCCACCAAGAAACCCAAGGGGGAGAAGAAGAAAGGAGAGAAGGGGGAGAAGAAAGGAGAGAAGGGAGGGAAGAAGAAGAACAAGAAGCAGAAAGAGCUCACCACCACCCCACUGCCCACCACCACCACCCCUGCCCCCACCACCACUGUGCCCCUAGCGUACGAUGACGAGGAGGACUUUUUCCCAGACUCCUACUGGGACCAAGAGUACCCUGACAGUACUGCAGACAGCAGUGUAGAACCACCCACAGAAUUCCCUACGGAACCUCCAACAGAUCCUCCGGUCGACACCUUCACGGAUCCCAUCUACACCAUCGAGGCUGACACCGAGGAGUACGCCUACCCAGACCCUGAGUCCGAUGACUAUUGGAGGCAACCAGAUGAGCAGACCAACACAGAGACAGACAGGCCGCCCGAGGAGCGGGUCCAAGAGCCAACCACCCCUCCAGUGUUUGAUCUGGUGGACGAGGACUACUGGGACUCAACAUUUGAGGUUCCAGAAAACUUACCCUUUCCAGAUGGUAAGGAGGUGAGCCCAACCGCUGACUGGAACUACAACAUAGAGGAGCCUACCUCAUCGCCUUACGAGACACCAUGGUAUGACUAUGACUAUGACAGGAAGCUGGCUGAAAGAAAAGAGAAAGAAAGAAAAGACAAAGAGGAGACAGAGAGACAGAGGAAGCUGGAGGAGGAGAGAGAGAGGAGGCUGAAGACGCCACGCAUUUACAAAGAUCCCAAAAACUGCCCUCCACUUGGUAUGGAGUCCCAUCGCGUUGCUACUGACCAGCUGGUGGCGUCAUCUAUGUCCCAGUAUCGCUAUGGAGUGCACAGGUCACGACUCAACAUGCAGGCCUCUGCCAACGAUGAUGACCUGCAUGGUGGAGCGUGGUGCGCUAACCCUGAGGAGAAACAGCACUGGAUUGAGAUGGAUGCCCGCACUAUGACCGAGUUCACCGGGGUCAUCACCCAGGGCCGUGACGACCCCUUAGAUAACGACUUUGUGACCUCAUACUAUGUUGCCUUCAGUAAUGACAGUCGUGAAUGGAUUAUACUCAAUGAUGGCUACUCUGAAUGGCUUUUCUUUGCCAACUCAGAUAAGCAGACUCCAGUGAUGGCACAGUUUGUGGAGCCAGUGGUUGCUCGCUACAUUAGGGUCAUGCCUCAGAGCUGGAAUGGAAGCCUCUGCAUGAGGAUGGAGGUCAUGGGCUGCCCAGUACCAGAUCCUGUCAGCGUCUACCACAGUGAGAAUGAAGUGACCCCCAGAGACGACCUUGAUUUCACCCAUCAUAGCUACACAGACAUGGAGAAGUUGAUGAAAUCCGUCUCAGAUGAGUGUCCCAACAUCACCCGAUUCUACAGCUUAGGCAAGAGUUCUAAAGGUCUGGAGAUAUAUGCCAUGGAAAUUACAGACAACCCUGGCAUGCAUGAGACAGGUGAGCCGGAGUUCCGCUACACAGCAGGUCUCCAUGGUAACGAGGCGCUGGGGCGGGAGCUGCUUCUCAUGCUAAUGCAGUACCUCUGUAAGGAGUACAAGGACGGAAAUCCAAAAGUGCGCCGCCUGGUGGAGGGGAUCCGAAUUCACCUUGUGCCCUCACUCAACCCAGACGGCCAUGUAAAGGCCUUUGAAAAGGGGUCUGAGCUUGGCAGCUGGCAGCUGGGUCACUGGACUGAGGAGGGCUAUGACAUCUUCCAGAGCUUCCCCGACCUCAACACCGUCCUGUGGGACGCAGAAGACAAGGGGCUGGUGCCCAAAGUGAUGCCUAAUCAUCAUGUGCCCAUCCCUGAGGGCUUCCUGGCCGACAAUGGAAUGAUUGGUUCAGAAACCAGAGCCAUCAUUUCCUGGAUGGAGACCCACCCCUUUGUGCUUGGGGCUAACCUUCAGGGGGGCGAGAGGCUGGUGACAUACCCCUUCGACAUGCACCGCCUGACCAAAGAGGGAGAGGACCGCAACAAGAGGACCCGGCGAGUGGUUCGGCGAAAGAGGCAGUAUAUGGAAGAGGAGGAAUCGGACAGACGCUGGGAGCAUAUUGGCUACCACGAGGCGCCUGACUCGUACCGCGAGGAAUCCUAUGGAUACCAUCACCAGGAGAGAGGCUAUCAUGAGGAGAACCAGGGACACUACCCUGACGGCUACGGAUACCACCACGAAGGCUAUGGGUACCAUCAGGAGAGUGAGCCUGAGGGCUACCCAGAGGGUUACCACGAGAGAGGCCAUGAAGAGGAGAGCGAAAGGGGGUAUGGAGGGGAGGCCGAGGGGUACGGAGGGGAGGCCGAGGACGAGAUCCGCACCAUUGCAGACCAGUCGCUCUUCCGCUGGCUGGCAGUCUCGUUCGCCUCAACCCACCGCAGCAUGACGCAGACCUAUCAAGGGGGUUGCCAUGGUGAUGACCCCACGGGAGGGAUGGGCAUUGUGAACCGCGCCAAAUGGAAGCCUGUCACAGGAAGCAUGAAUGACUUCAGCUACCUUCACACCAACUGCUUUGAGCUGUCCAUCUUCCUGGGUUGUGACAAAUUCCCCCAUCAGAGUGAACUGCGCCGUGAGUGGGAGAACAACAAAGAGGCCCUCCUCACCUUCAUGGACCAGGUGCACCGUGGAAUUAGGGGUGUGGUAAGGGACAAAGAAGGGAACCCCAUCAAUAACGCCACUGUAUCUGUAGAGGGGGUAAACCACGACAUGAGGACAGCGGAGUCCGGGGAUUACUGGCGCCUGGUGAAUCCUGGAGAAUACCGCGUCACUGUACGUGCAGAGGGCUACGCACCCCUUACCAAGAUGUGCGUGGUGGGCUUCGAGCCCGGCGCCACCCUGUGUAACUUUGACCUCAGCAAGUCCAACUGGGACCGCAUUAAGCAGAUCAUGGCCCUACAUGGCAACAAGCCCAUUCGUGUCCUCAGCCAUGGAAACCAACAGGGAUAUGGCGGCAGCAGACAAGGGUACGGCGCAAGAGUGACGGGCUCAGAGAACAAUGGUGCGUCGGGCAACGUCAGAAACAACCGUUUACAAAGGUUACGACGGCUGCGCUUCCUUCGUCAGCAGAGGCUUCUGGCCCUAAAGUCAACCAUGGCCCCAACAAUGGCCCCAACCACAACCACCACAACCACAACUACCACAACUACAGAACCCCCUACCACUCCCUGGGUCUACUCCUGGCUCGAGGACACUCAACCCACAGAUUAUAAUGUGGGGCUGGACUACAAUUACAAUGUUGAUGACUAUUAAAAAUGAGACGCUUCCAUGGAAUUAAGUUGCCAAACUACAAAUUUAGGACAAGGGUCACACUUCCUAAAUCAGUAACCCAGUUAUUAUCAAUGGGGGAUAACUGGCACCAUCGUAAUCCUAGGUUAGCUUUUAGGUGCACUUCAAAGUAACAUCUGUUAAGCUCUCAUUACAACUAUUCUUUCGGUUCAUGUCAACAGGAGAGACUUGGUCUUAGGUCCUGUAUCACCUAUGAGUUUGUAUUCAGGUCUUUGUCCACUCUUGAGUCAUAUGUAGACAUGGAGAGUGAGGCACUCAACACAGCAGAGCUUCACUGACACACCUCUCACACCUACAUUACAAUCUGCAUCUCACAAGGCACAUGUUGUAAUAGACUGAUGGUACAUAGAUUGAAGAUUGAGUUAUCUCUGUCCUAGAAGGCUACCUGGGUCUGUCCUAUUUUUGUUAUAUUGACUAUUUGGUUGAAAUUUGUAGAGAAGCUGUUUCGUGGUCUGAAACCAUUUAGAGUAGCUCUGGGAGAUACAAAGUUCCAACCCCAGGAACAGAGUGAUGGAAGUGUUUACAAUAUUAGGCUUCUCAAAGUGGGUUGACAAAAAAAUGUAACGUCAAAGUGAGAUUAUGAGUAAUAUAAGAGGGAAAUGCAAGAAGCACAAAGAGAUGCCAGAGACCUAAAGUCAUUUCGAUACAAAAGAGUUUUUAUUUACAUUAUACAUUCCUCACCCUCAAAGGCAACUGCUCCAGCUUCAACUAAGGGGGUGCACUGAACAAUCCAGAAACAUUUCUCAAUGUGUAGCUGAGGUCAAUGACUAUUUUCCAGCGAAUAAAGGCUUGUUUACAUAA